AUGCAUUUCACCAAAGUUUUCCUCGCCCUUGCACUUGUUGCAGCACCCGUCUUUGCAAAUCCAACUGCUGUCGUCAAGGACGACGUCUUCACAAGUUCUACACGCGCCUCCACAAGUUCUACCUGCAAACCUACCGAGAACAGUUCCCCCACCAAACCUUUCAAGGCCCGAACCGCUGGCUUCGAAGAUGGUAAAAGUAGUUAUCCUCACUUAUUCGGCAAUAAGGAGAAGAUUGCGUGGGGCCUCUACAACUGCGAUAGCGGCAAGAGAACUCUGAAUGAAUACCCGGUCUUCUGGAAAGGUGCCAAACAAAAAGAAUGGGAGAAGGACACCAAGGUUAAGGACCAGGACAAGACUCCAAUCCGCGUUGUGUACGCCAACGCGGACGGCAGUAUCUACUACUGUGGUAUCAUGAUCCAUAGCAAAGUGGACAAAGACUACACGGGCAGUGACGACUUCGUUAAAUGUGACUAAGUGCAGAUCCAGGGCCUGUGGCAAGCAAUGGUGAGUAUAAAGAUAACGUUAGUGUAUUCACUCACUAAGAGGUGUUUUCAAGGAAGCCAGGUGGUAGAGGAAGGCGGUUUUGGGUAAAUUUUGGCGACAUAGUCCCUCAGGCAGCCGAGAAAGAUAGUACUUUGCAGCAUUGGUCUCAUAAUUGUAUAUUAGAUAUGUUCUGU